ACACUUGUUCUUGAGCUGAUUUUAGGAUUCUCAUUAUCCAAAAUGAAGCUGCUGGCAGUGCUUGCGUGUCUCGUUUCAGCGUCCUUGGGCCUCUUUGUCUUGAGGGACCUCGCAGCUGACAUCGCUAGUGCAGAGAGGGCAGUCAACCUUUUCAACACUCAGGUCGAAUCGUUAUUGAACAGAAUUUCCACCCUUGAAAGCGAGCUCAACAAUGAUGUCACCAACACUUGCACAACCAUUCUGAGCAAUCUUGCUCAAAUUAAUGUCACUAAUUAUGACGAGAUUGAAAACUUGCUGGGCAGCAGUAAGAACCAGUCGGACGUAGCAAUCAGUGGAUUGAAAUUCAAUCUGGAGCAAACCAUCCUGUUACUUCAAAUUAUAAACGGCAACCUUGCUAACGACCUUCCAUCUUUGGGCGCCAACGUCGAAUCUUUGAAAGCGUACAUCUCAACUGGAGACUCAAUUUACAGCUCACUUUUUGCACAACUGCAAGAUUCUACUGUCACAAUUGAACAGGCAAUCACAGCUGGAGUGGGUGACCUGCAAGGUCCAGAAGUGACUACAAUUUUCGUUAGAUGGACACACGUAAAAGAUGUCAUUCUGAACCAGCGGGUCCUCACCGACAAUGUCAAACUCGUUUAUGACACCAGAGGUGAAAACGCUGUGAAUGCCCUCGAUAUUGUUGUAGCACAAGUGCCACAAUAAAAAAUGGGUUUUUAAUUCAAUCACA